AUGGAGGGGUUAAAGGUCAUUGUAUUGUGUCUUGUCUUUGGAGCCCUGAGUAACGCCCAAUUACCCGAAUGUCACGAGAAGAAGGACUGCCCGAUUGAUGUGUACUUCACCAUUGACACAUCUGAGACCAUAGCACUGCAGGAGAGCCCCCCUGGAUCACUCGUCGAGAGUAUUAAGCUUUUCACUGAGCAAUUUGCGGAUCGUUUAGAAGCAGCCGAAAUUCAAGGUGCGGUGCGAAUCAGCUGGAAAAUUGGUGGACUGCACUUCUCCCAGAGACAGGAAAUCUUCAGCCCUUUCGCCUCCAAGAAUGAUUUUAUCGCUGGUGUCAGGAGAAUCACUUACCUUGGUAAAGGCACCUACACGGAUUGUGCCAUCACUAACAUGACCCAGGAAAUGCUGCGCUCACCCUCAUACCCCAGCGCCCUAAGAUUUGCCGUGGUUAUCACCGACGGUCAUGUGACUGGAAGCCCCUGCGGCGGUAUCAAAGUGGCAGCCGAAAGGGCACGUGACGAAGGCAUCCGUAUUUUUGUGGUGGCGGCAUCUAGGAACGUUGAUGAAACAGGACUCAGGGAAAUUGCCAAUGCGCCGGCAACCGUCUACAGGAGGGAGUUUUUGGCUGUUGAUCUGAGCUCUGGAAGAGCUGUCAUCCAGACGGACACCAUUGACCGCAUCAUUAAGACUAUGAUUCAUCAAUCAUAUGUAGAGUGCUACAAAGUUACGUGCCUCGAGACAGUGGGACCACCCGGUCCAAAAGGCCACAGAGGACAGAAAGGUGCUAAAGGAGAUAAUGGUGAUGCUGGUCCUAAAGGACAAAGAGGUCGUCCAGGUGACCCAGGUAUUGAAGGGCCCAUAGGUCAGCCUGGUUCAAAAGGAGAGCCAGGACUUAAAGGCGAAAAGGGCGAGCUGGGAACUCAAGGAAAAAAGGGAGUAGCUGGCAUUGAAGGACGGAAUGGGACAGAUGGACAGAAGGGUAAAAUUGGACGGAUCGGUGCUCCAGGCUGCAAAGGCGAUCCAGGAGACAGGGGUUCUGAUGGUCAUCCGGGAGAUGUCGGUGAACGUGGUCUUCCUGGAACUGCUGGAGAUAAGGGAGAUCCUGGACGUUCUGGAAGAUCUGGUCCUCCUGGCAAUUCUGGUGAAGCUGGACCAAAGGGGGAAAGGGGAAGUCCUGGAUCACCUGGCUUGCCUGGAGAGAAAGGAUCUGCAGGCACCCCAGGGCUUCCUGGAGCAAGAGGAGAGCCUGGCCGGCGGGGAGAUUAUGGAGCUAAGGGCGGACAGGGACCAGAUGGCGUCAGGGGUGACAAGGGUGAAAUGGGAUCUGAGGGUUUGCGGGGCCUUCCAGGUGAAUCAGGAAACAAAGGAGCAAAGGGGGACAAUGGUCUUCCAGGCCCUAGAGGACCACCAGGCGCACCAGGAGAGUCCGGACGAAAUGGUACAAGAGGUGACCCUGGAGAUGCUGGACCAAGAGGUGAUCCAGGACAAGUUGGACCAAAGGGAGACCCCGGAAGACCUGGCUUUAGUUACCCUGGACCAAGAGGACCUUCGGGUGAGAGAGGAGAGAAAGGAAAUCGUGGACCUCGUGGUGGUAGAGGAGACUGCGGUGCUAAGGGUGAUCCGGGAAACAAAGGGACCCCAGGAGAGCCUGGGGAACCAGGACCUCAGGGUGAACCUGGACCUAGAGGACCUAGAGGAGACCUUGGUCGUGAUGGAGAUUCUGGACCUGAGGGAGACCCUGGCCUUACUGAAUGUGAUGUCAUGAAUUACAUCAGGGAAACAUGCGGCUGCUGCGAUUGUGAAAAACGCUGCGGCGCUCUGGAUAUUGUGUUUGUGAUUGACAGCUCUGAAUCGGUUGGCUUGACCAACUUCACUUUGGAGAAAAACUUUGUCAUUAACACCAUCAAUCGAUUGGGAUCCCUAGCCAAAGAUCCACAGUCAGAAACAGGCACAAGAGUGGGAGUUGUUCAGUACAGUCACAGUGGAACUUUCCAGGCCAUCCGGCUCAACGAUUCCAAAAUUGAUUCACUUUCUUCUUUCAAGGAUGCAGUGAAGCGCAUGGAAUGGAUCGCUGGAGGAACAUGGACUCCAUCUGCUCUUAAGUACGCCUACGACAAUCUGAUCAGGGACAGUCGUAGAGCUAAAGCCAAUGUCACCGUGGUUGUUAUCACCGAUGGACGCUUCGACCCCAGAGAUGAUGAUUCAUUGCUGACCUACCUAUGCAGUGAUCCUAGUGUCGAUGUGAGCGCUAUUGGUAUUGGAGACAUGUUCGACCAGAUUGAGGAGAAUGAAAUUCUGAAGAGUAUAGCCUGCCAGAGAGAUGGAAGGGUGCUAGGCAUGAGGCGAUUUGCUGACCUGGUGGCUGAGGAGUUCAUUGACAAGAUUGAGACCGUCCUCUGCCCAGAUCCUAUUGUCGUUUGCCCUGACCUGCCUUGUAAGACAGAGCCUGCUGUGGCCAGCUGUGUGCAGAGGCCAGUGGAUGUGGUGUUCCUUUUGGAUGGUUCAGAGAGGAUGGGACUGGAGAACCACCGCAGGGCGAAGGAAUUCAUUGAGAACGUGGCUCGCCGCCUCACCCUCGCAGAUGGCCAGUCAGAUGAAAGGAAUGCCCGUUUUGCGUUGGUGCAGUACGGCAGCCCAGGAGAACAGCGAGUAGAGUUCCCACUUACGCACAAUCUAACGUUGAUCUCUGACAAGCUGGCGGGAGUGACCUACAUGGACUCUUCUUCUGCUCUGGGCAAUGCAAUCAUCUAUGCCGUCAACAGUGUGGUUUAUCGAUCAGGCCCACAGAGGAACCGCUUGGCUCGUCGCAACGCAGAGCUGGCAUUUGUGUUCAUCACUGAUGGCAUUACAUCCAGUGAUCAGCUGGAGGAGGGCGUGUCCUCAAUGAAGCGAGCUGAGGGUGUUCCCACAGUGAUCGCCCUUGGAAGUGACACAGAUGAGGAGGUGCUGCGGAAGGUGGCACUCGGUGACAUGUCGUCCAUCUUCCGAGGCGAUGACUACAGCAUGUUGAACAAGCCAUCUUUCUUUGAGCGUUUCAUCCGCUGGAUAUGCUAG